AUGUUUUACUGGGCAAACCUUAGAAACGUUACGAUUCCGAGAUCAUGUAAAGCAAUUUAUAACGGAGCAUUUAUAUGUUGUGUGUAUUUAGAAGAAUUUUUUUCAGAAAGUCCUGAAUUCAUUGUCAAUAAUAAAGUUCUUUACAGCAAAGAUUAUAAAUUUUUGCUUGGUUAUCCAUGCAAUUGUAACAUAGAGUUACUUCCAACUGUCAUAGGUAUUUCAGAAGCCAAAGGUUUUUCUGGUACUUCUUUUGUCAAUAUUACUAUAAAACUCCCUCUUAAGACGAUUUUAAGUCAUGCAUUUAGAUGUUGCCCUAAUCUUGAAUAUGCUGAUUUGAGUUGUACAAAAGUAACUGCAAUUUACAAUGCAAUAUUUUAUGAAUCAAAAAAAUUAAAAACAGUGAUCUUACCUCCUCUUCUAAGAAGAAUUGAUAUAUAUUGUUUCUGCCGUACAAAUAUCAUUGAGCUCAUCAUUCCUCCUGGUGUUUCUUAUAUAGUGCCGAAUGCUUUUGAAAAUACUAAAAUAACUGAUAUAUAUUAUUGUGGAACGAGCACUUUUGGUUCAACUUUUUUGGAUAGAACUGAUAUAAACAUACAUGUCUCAGAAUAUUUCUCCAAAUCAGCAACUAAAUUUUUAGGUUGUCCGAUUGUUGAUAGAACAUUUACAUGUCCAGAUUAUCUAUGUCUUAAUUUGAUCGAUCAAUCAUUUAUGGAUUGCCCAUCAAUGAAUAGUUGUAUCUAUAGUCAUUUUUAUCCAAGUAUUUUGUUAUAUACUGUAAUGAUUGUAAUGUAA